AAAAUUCUCCUAUGUUAGUGGGAUGCCUUGGUUCCUGCUUGGAAGGGGGGAUCGGUGAGGAAGAAGCACCCCGCAGGACACGGUUCCCGCUUGGAAGGGGGGGUGGGGGACGGACAGAGCACACCGCAGGGCAGGUUUCACGCUUGGAAGGGGGGAUCGGUGAGGAAGAAGCACCCCGCAGGACACGGUUCCCGCUUGGAAGGGGGGGGUGGGGGACGGACAGAGCACACCGCAGGGCAGGUUUCCCGCUUGGAAGGGGGGGUGGGGGACGGACAGAGCACACCGCAGGGCAGGUUUCCCGCUUGGAAGGGGGGGUGGGGGACGGACAGAGCACACCGCAGGGCAGGUUUCCCGCUUGGAAGGGGGGGUGGGGGACGGACAGAGCACACCGCAGGGCAGGUUUCCCGCUUGGAAGGGGGGGUGGGGGACGGACAGAGCACACCGCAGGGCAGGUUUCCCGCUUGGAAGGGGGGAUCGGUGAGGAAGAAGCACCCCGCAGGACACGGAUCCCGCUUGGAAGGGGGGGUGGGGGACGGACAGAGCACACCGCAGGGCAGGUUUCCCGCUUGGAAGGGGGGAUCGGUGAGGAAGAAGCACCCCGCAGGACACGGUUCCCGCUUGGAAGGGGGGGUGGGGGACGGACAGAGCACACCGCAGGGCAGGUUUCCCGCUUGGACGGGGGGAUCGGUGAGGAAGAAGCACCCCGCAGGACACGGUUCCCGCUUGGAAGGGGGGGGGGGGGACGGACAGAGCACACCGCAGGGCAGGUUUCCCGCUUGGAAGGGGGGAUCGGUGAGGAAGAAGCACCCCGCAGGACACGGUUCCCGCUUGGAAGGGGGGGUGGGGGACGGACAGAGCACACCGCAGGGCAGGUUUCCCGCUUGGAAGGGGGGAUCGGUGAGGAAGAAGCACCCCGCAGGACACGGUUCCCGCUUGGAAGGGGGGGUGGGGGACGGACAGAGCACACCGCAGGGCAGGUUUCCCGCUUGGAAGGGGGGAUCGGUGAGGAAGAAGCACCCCGCAGGACACGGUUCCCGCUUGGAAGGGGGGGUGGGGGACGGACAGAGCACACCGCAGGGCAGGUUUCCCGCUUGGAAGGGGGGGUGGGGGACGGACAGAGCACACCGCAGGGCAGGUUUCCCGCUUGGAAGGGGGGAUCGGUGAGGAAGAAGCACCCCGCAGGACACGGUUCCCGCUUGGAAGGGGGGGUGGGGGACGGACAGAGCACACCGCAGGACACGGUUCCCGCUUGGAAGGGGGGGUGGGGGACGGACAGAGCACACCGCAGGGCAGGUUUCCCGCUUGGAAGGGGGGGUGGGGGACGGACAGAGCACACCGCAGGGCAGGUUUCCCGCUUGGAAGGGGGGAUCGGUGAGGAAGAAGCACCCCGCAGGACACGGUUCCCGCUUGGAAGGGGGGGUGGGGGACGGACAGAGCACACCGCAGGGCAGGUUUCCCGCUUGGAAGGGGGGGUGGGGGACGGACAGAGCACACCGCAGGGCAGGUUUCCCGCUUGGAAGGGGGGAUCGGUGAGGAAGAAGCACCCCGCAGGACACGGUUCCCGCUUGGAAGGGGGGGUGGGGGACGGACAGAGCACACCGCAGGGCAGGUUUCCCGCUUGGAAGGGGGGGUGGGGGACGGACAGAGCACACCGCAGGGCAGGUUUGACGCUUGGAAGGGGGGAUCGGUGAGGAAGAAGCACCCCGCAGGACACGGUUCCCGCUUGGAAGGGGGGGUGGGGGACGGACAGAGCACACCGCAGGGCAGGU